ACUGCCCCACGGAUGUCCCCGAUGCCGCCCCAGCCCCUCCAUGGCUGUCCCACCCACCGUGGCUUCGGCCCUUUAAGAAAAAAAAACCCGGAGAAAAGCCCCAGGAAUCACCACUCCUGCAGCGGCCUUGGGGCUUUGGGGGGCUUGUGGACAAACCUCCGAUGUGGUGCGGGGCAGUGGGGGAGCGUGGAUCACCCCCCACCAUCAGGAAUGGUGGCACUUGUACCUGCGGCGACAACUGCAAAUGCAAGAACUGCAAAUGCACCUCAUGCAAAAAAGGGUGCUGUUCCUGUUGCCCAGCUGGAUGUACCAAGUGUGCACAAGGAUGUGUCUGCAAGGGACCGCCUUCCACCAAAUGCAGCUGCUGCAAAUAACAUGUGCAAGUGACCUUCCUGAUAAAAAGCUGUAAAUGUGGUGAUGGGGGUUAUUAACAUUAUUGUGCUUUGUGUAUAUUGGUCCAAGUAUCUCUAGUGUUUAUGAUGUAUGAGUAUAAGCUAGUGAAAUAAUAAAGCUAAGUGUACAGAGA